AUGACCACGAAACACACAUUGGCAAGUGGCCAGACUACCAAGACCAAGAAAACGUUCAGAUCACCACUGAUAGUGUCUACGACCAUGCCACUCCUUGAUUUCCCACCGGAGGUGGUUGAAAACGUCGUUCAUGAGCUAGUCUCUGUCGCUGGUGUUAACGAGGCCUGGAAGCUCCGUGGGGUCUGUGGCACACUCAAGUUAGCUAUAACAUACGACAUCUUCGCCAAGCGGACCUUGAAAGACCUCACCUACAUGUCGAACGACCUUUUGCGCCACAAUUUUGGCCUCUAUCUCUACUACCGGAGCAGGGUACCCUUGGAUGUGCAUCCAUACCUACCCGAAAGAAUCUACAACAUGGUCAGCUAUCUUUCAGAAGAGCUAGGAACUGUCACGGAGAGUGAGAAAGAAGGGUUGCGAAGAGACCUAUGCGACAGACUAGGUGCUGACACUACGAACGACGAGAUGAUACACGCUUUGCGAGGCUAUGGCAGUAGAAAACGCUUGAAACCUGAAUACAUCGGCACCCCUUUCGGAGCAAUCGAUCAGCUCGUGGCUGCGUCAAUCCUCGGAAAACUUGGACUCAUUAAAACGGCGAUGGAAUCACUGCGCAGCUACGAUACUCAUCCUGUCUUCGGAGGUGUUCUCUUGCGGGCGACUGCAGAAGGACAAGCUUCUGUCGUCAAAGUCAUACUGGAACAGCUAGGCGCGUCCUUGCAAGAUCCCGACAAAGCCCAGCGCAUACGAAUAGUCGUUCAUCAAGACCCAUUUACUUGUCGAGAAUGGGAAGUAAGCGAGUUCAACAUUUCACGGGCCAUCCUGGCCGCCGUCGAGCAUUCCCGUCCUGAGGAACUUGGUAUAUUAUCCACGUGGUACAAGCAAGCAGGGUUCACAUUCUUGAAAGCUGAGUACAACACUUUUCUCGACACAGCCAUCCGCAAGUCGAGUCUGGCGGUCUUCCAGUGUGUAUUAGACGUUCCUUAUACCAAGACUAAGAUGACGACUCCUAUCACCUCCUCACAGCUUUCCCUGGCAUGCGCAAAAGGACGCCAGGAUAUCGUCAAGCUGUGCGUAGAGAAAGGCCUCAUUGAGACAGCGGCAGCGACCUGUGCAAUGAUUUCAGGCAUCAACUCGAACCAACCCGAGAUCGUCAAUUCACUCAUACAGGCUGGCGCUGACGUCAACUAUCCGACGCCAUACUACUCUACAGUAAGGCUUCCCUUGAAUGUGGCAAUGCAUAAGAAGAACCCGUCCAUCAUCCAAGCUCUGAUUGAUGCAGGUGCACACCUACCAGACAUCGCAUGUUGGUCAAAGCAUGAGGCUACAUAUGCGAUUCUGCGACAUGCCAAGAUCAAGAACAACGGUGGGCACGUGCUGGAGUACAAGCGUUUCAAGAGGAUGAAGAGGGCAGAUAUUGAGAAACUUGGAGCCGAGGGUGACAUUGUCGCAUCACCCUGA